UCUUUCUUUUCUCAGCUUGAGGUUCCCUUCUUCAAAGAGAACACCAAGCUUGAGCUUCAAAGUUGAAUCAUCAUCUCAAACCAAAUUAGAUUAUUCAUUUCCUACUUUAAGUCCCUACUCUUUCUUCUUAAUUCAUUUUAAGUCCUCUAAUAUGCAGACACUCACUCCACCACCGCACUCCAAUUCUCUUAACUACCUGAACCGGGCGCGUCCCUCUUUUACUCGGGUCACUCCGAACCGGUUUAUGGUUAAAUGCGGGUACGGGUUUGAACCCGCGAGUUACGCUCAAGGAAUCGGCUCGAGCCGAGCCGAUUGGCAAAGCUCGUGCGCCAUCUUAGCCAGCAAGGUCGUUUCACAGGAAGAAACUCCGGCCGCCGCUGGCAACGACCACGUCGGCGCCGUCAACGGUCACAACCCUGCCAUGGCGGAUCUGAAACUCGUCCCUAUCGGUAAAAAAACCGACGGCGCCAACACGAAGCUCAUCCGGUCGCCGCUGACAAUCUCCGACCUAUCUCCGGCGCCGCUGCAUGGGUCCCAGCUGCGCGUGGCGUACCAGGGAGUCCCCGGUGCGUACUCCGAGGCGGCCGCCGGAAAAGCCUAUCCAAACAGCGACGCGAUCCCGUGCGACCAGUUCGAGGUAGCGUUCCAAUCGGUGGAGCUCUGGAUCGCCGAUCGCGCAGUUCUUCCAGUGGAGAAUUCCCUCGGCGGAUCGAUCCACCGGAACUACGACCUCCUCCUCCGCCACCGCCUCCACAUCGUCGGCGAGGUCCAGCUUCCAGUCCACCACUGCCUCCUCGCCCUCCCUGGAGUCCGGAAGGAGUAUCUCACGCGCGUGAUCUCGCAUCCUCAGGCACUCGCGCAGUGCGAGCACACGCUAACAAAGCUCGGCCUCAACGUGGCGCGUGAGGCCGUCGACGACACCGCCGGCGCAGCCGAGUUUAUCGCCGCCAACAACCUCCGUGACACUGCCGCAGUCGCGAGUGCACGCGCCGCAGAACUCUACGGCCUCCAGGUCCUCGCCGAUGGGAUCCAAGAUGACCCGAAUAACGUGACCCGGUUCGUGAUGUUGGCCCGAGAACCCAUUAUCCCGAGAACGGAUCGUCCGUUCAAGACGAGCAUCGUGUUCGCGCAUGAUAAGGGAACUUCGGUGCUAUUCAAAGUGUUAUCUGCUUUUGCGUUUAGGAACAUAAGUUUGACCAAGAUUGAGUCAAGGCCUCAUCGUAGCCGUCCGAUUAGGGUGGUUGAUGGUGAGAGUGAGGGUACAGCGAAACACUUUGAGUACUUGUUCUAUAUUGAUUUUGAUGCCUCUUUGGCUGAGGUUAGGGCCCAAAAUGCACUUGCUGAGGUUCAAGAGUUCACUUCUUUCUUGAGAGUGUUGGGGAGUUACCCUAUGGAUAUGACACCUUGGAGCCCUUCUUGUUCUUCUCACCGGGGAGAUCAUUAGCAUUUCCCAACACCACCCUUCUAAAUCUAAGUUAAAGCAUAAAUGUGCCAUGUCAAUAUACCCAUUGUUCUGAAUUUUAAGUUUGUGAACAAAUUAAGAAGAUUGUUUCAAUUCCA